AUGGAAGCACAGACACUUUAUUCCCCAGAAGGAAAUGUGUAUUAUAUUUUUUACUGUGUCUCACUCUCUGAGUCUGGUGUUGGCGCUGGCAUUGACUCUUAUUAUGAAUAUUUAUUAAAGGCGUAUAUAUUACUCGGUGAACCAGUCUACCUGCAUCGUUUCCAAACACAUUAUGAAGCAGUGAAUCGAUAUGUUGGUGGACCACAAUCAGCUGAAUUCCCCUUCCUAUUUUUGGAUGUACAUAUGCACCGACCAGCUCAGCGUGCAAGAACAUUUAUGGAUGCCUUAUUAGCCUUUUGGCCUGGUUUACAAGUGAGUGAAUGCAUAUACAGCUAUGUAUGUAGUUGUAAAUCUUAG